AGUUAUAAAGACGAUGACAAGUGGCAAAAAGGUCCAAAAUAAAUUCUAGUUUUCCUCCCAUGUCUUUGUACAAACCGUCAUUACGUCCCAUAUUUUAAACCAUCAACAUUUUUUUCCUCUUAAGGACACUACACCACCUUAAAACCUCUCCUCCAAAGCACUCUCUCAUUGUAACAAAACAUUUUCUAGAAAAUGAAUUGUCACAACAGCUACCUGAAAUGGACAUUCUUCCUUAUUUUUUUUACCACCUGCAGAUUUUCUAUAGCAAAACAAACAAACCCCACUUCAGAUAUCCCCAAAUUGAAUCAAUUCUUGAAUGCAAUCUAUGAAUGGAGGGUUAAUCAGCAGCAAAAACAAGCAGAUACCGGUCUAAAAUUACUUGAAGCUCCUACUGUAGUAGCAGGGGUGCUCUGUUUUUUAGCAGCCUCUAUAUCUAGUGCUGGUGGGAUUGGAGGUGGAGGUUUAUAUGUACCAGUUCUCACUGUAAUUGCUGGUGUAGACCUCAAAACAGCUUCAAGCUUUUCUGCAUUUAUGGUCACAGGUGGCUCUAUUGCUAAUGUUGUUUGUAACAUGUUCAUUACAAGUCCUAAAAAUGGUGGCAAGAUUUUGAUUGAUUUUGACAUAGCAUUGCUCUCGCAACCCUGCAUGUUGUUGGGUGUUAGCAUUGGAGUUAUAUGCAAUCGUGUACUCCCGGAAUGGCUUAUCACUAUACUGUUUGCUGUGUUUCUUGGUUUUUGUACUUUCAAAACAUGUAAAUCAGGCUUUUGUUUUUGGAAAUUGGAAUCAGAAGUGGAGGUGAUGAGGAUAAAAAAUGGAAAUCAAGAAUUGGAAAAUGGGUUGCUAAAAAAUGAGAGUGAGCCUUUGUUGGAGAAGGAAGCAAAGGGAGGAGGAGGAGGCAGCAUUCCGUGGAUGAAAAUUGGAGUGUUGGUGAUGUUCUGGUUUUCUUUCUUUUUCCUCUAUCUUCUUCGUGGAAAUCGAUAUGGACAAGGAAUCAUUUCUAUGGAGGCAUGUGGUGUGGGAUACUGGAUCAUCUCGUCAGUUCAGUUUCCUAUGGCUAUCAUCUUUACGUCAUGGAUCUUGUAUAAUAGAGCAAGUCAGCAGAACAUACCUUCCAAGAAGCAGGAAGGAAGCAGUGAAACUAAACAUGGACCUUCAGGGAAGCUCAUAUUCCCAUUAAUGGCACUACUAGCAGGGGUUCUGGGUGGCGUUUUUGGAAUUGGUGGUGGAAUGCUAAUUAGUCCCCUUCUUAUCCAAGUUGGAAUAACUCCUGAAGUGACAGCAGCAACCUGUUCAUUCAUGGUUUUUUUCUCCUCUAGCAUGUCUGCUGUGCAAUAUCUAUUGCUAGGGAUGGAGCAGGUGGACGACGCCCUCAUCUUUGCACUUGUAUGUUGUGUUGCCUCAAUCGUUGGAUUAGUAGUAGUUCAGAGAGCCAUAAAACAUCAUGGGAGAGCAUCCCUCAUUGUGUUUUCUGUUGGCAUAGUAAUGGCUUUAAGCACUGUUCUCAUGACCAGUUUUGGAGCUGUUGAUAUCUGGAGGGAUUACACUAGUGGGAAUUACAUGGGGUUCAAGCAGCCUUGUUGAGAAAAGAAAAAGAUCAAGUCUUAAGAAAUUAUCCAAUUCAAGGCAUUGUCCAAGUUUUGCAAUUUUAUGCUUUAUCUAAUAAUCUAAAGAAUCAAAUGCUUCUUGGGAAGCUUUUGUUAAGAUUCAUAUUAGAGAACAUGAGUGAAGAGAGCUCUGAGAUGUUUGUAACUUCGAUUGUGAAGUUUAAGCCAUGAUUUUACAUAUCUUAUGUAUUUCCAAUUGUUAUGCUUAA